ACGAUGGCUGCCGCCAGCAGGAGCCAUUAUUACAGGGAACCCAGAUCACCAUUCAGACGGAAAAUAAUGCCUUUUAAAUCAUACUGGACUUUCGCUUUUCUAAUUUUUACUGCAAGCAAGUGUUUGGCUGACGAUGAUCAUGAAAUGGAAGAGUUUUUGAAGCGGGAGUAUUCCCUUUCCAAGCCAUACCAAGGUGUGGGAUCCUUGGGCUCCUCGCACUGGGAGCUGAUGGGGGAUGCCAUGGUAACCACCGAGCAGGUGCGCCUCACACCUGACAUGCAUAGCCGGCAGGGGGCAGUGUGGAGCCGCCUUCCUUGCCAUCUGACAGAUUGGGAGAUGCAGGUGCACUUUAAAAUUCAUGGGCAAGGGAAGAAGAACCUGAAUGGUGAUGGGCUAGCCAUAUGGUACACUAAGGAACGUGCACAAAAAGGUCCUGUAUUUGGAAAUAUGGACAACUUCACUGGCUUGGGUGUGUUUGUGGACACGUAUCCUAAUGAGGAGAAACACCUAGAGGCGCAGAAGAAAAGAUAUACUCCACGCACACAGAGGAUUUUCCCCUUUGUUCUCGCCAUGGUUGGGAACGGCAGCAUCAGCUAUGACCACGAGCAGGACGGUCGCCCCACAGAGCUCGGCGGCUGCAACGCCAUGGUGCGCAACCUCAAACAUGACACCUUCCUCUUCAUCCGAUACGUCCGCCGCAGGCUCACGGUGAUGAUAGACAUCGACGGGCAACAUGAGUGGAGGGACUGCCUGGACAUACCCGGGGUGCGGCUUCCCAAAGGCUAUUAUUUUGGAGCUACAGCCAUCACUGGAGACCUCUCAGAUAACCAUGAUAUAAUUUCCCUGAAACUCUACCAACUGACGGUGUUGCGGAGUCGAAAGGAAGAGGAAGAGGAGGAAGAAGAGGAGAUAACCAUACCCAGUGUGGAUAACAUUGAGCUACUCAGAUUGGGUCAGACUGAAGAAGGGAUGAGUGGGUUAGCUAUUUUCUUCACCGUGUUCUUCUCCAUGUUGGGCUGCAUCUUCCUCAUCGUUAUCGGCCUGGUGGUCUACAGCCACUGGAGCGAGAGUCGACGCAAGCGCUUCUACUGAGAAAGAACAGAAAAAGAUGGAGGUGGUGAUUGUGAUGACUAACUGUGGUCCGUGGACACAACGGAAGUGAGACACCGCUUUCGGCCAGUAGAGCACAGCAGGUUGUUUUCAUCCUGAGGACAACACUAUGGAGGACGAAGUAGAUGUAUCACCUGCUACAAAUAGCCAUUGUCCAACUUUGCCAUUGGUCGUCAUGAAGCAGUAGGACUUUAUUUUUGUCCUGCCUGACACACACCAACUCGGCCUUACCAUCUCCACCUCUGUACUUGUUACACAGCAGCAGACGUGCAGUAUGACAUCUAAUGAGCAGCUGCAUUUUUAUUUUCACCGUUUGCUGCAUAUGACAACUUAAAAUUUCUUUCAACUAUUUUUCAGUUUACUGAUGUGAUUUUAUGGCUUUGAGAAACUUAAAUAUAUAAGCAUCCAAUGUGUCCCCACUCUACAGUGUGACUUGAAGCGCUAACCAUAUAGCACUAAAAGCCAAUGAUGCUAUGCUUACUGUAGCUCCUUGCUAACUAAAGUUGCAACUCGACUGCUCUUUGAAUUAGAAAAAGCGUCUCCGAGUAUACUAUAUAGUAUGCUGUAUGUUCUCAUCAUGUAGUUGUAGUGUGCAUGACAUUUGUUGGAUAUUUUUUAUGAAUCAUCUAGGCUGCCGCUGUUCUUCGUUACCAUGAUGCUUUAACUUUUAUGUAAAGCAUAUGCAUAAAACUGACCUGUCCCAUUGAUGCAUGUGGCAAAGCAAUUUCUUUUUAACAAUAUUAUCUCUCACUAAGUGUUUGUAUUUAUCACUGUUCCCGUCCCCAGAUGUUAUGUGAGUAUAUGAGAAAAUUUAUCAAAGUUUUUUUGUUGAUCAGUUUAGAGCAAACUCUUCUAAAUAUAUUUUAAAUAGAUAUAUUUAAAUGUCUGAAAUGGACUUUGCACUGAAAAGAAUUUGAAUGACUACUCAUUUAUUGUAAAUCAUUUUUCUUUGCACUCUGAACACUAAAAUUACUUUUUGUUUGUUUCUUUAGUGUUAUAUGUAAAAACACCACCUCUGUGUUUCUGUCAUACGAUAUAUGCUUUUGGAGUGAACUGAACAUGCUGGUUUGGCCUCAGGCUGCCUCCUUUGGAUGGAGGUGUUGGCCGGGCCCUAUCGACAUCUGUACGCUCUGGAAAUGGCUGCAGGCCUCAUGUCAACAACAUCCAUUUUUUAUGUGGUGCUUUGUUUAUUUGUGCAAUGAGUAGGGACUUCCUUAUUUUCCUGUAGCCACUUUGACAACCGCCCUACCUUAUUUCUGUUCUUUUUGUUUUGUAUGACAACCGUGUGCCUCAUAUAUCCAUUCAGUGAUCCAUUAAUUACAGUUUGUAACUAUUCUUGACUUUGUCCUGAACCAUUACUAUUGCCUCCUUAAAGAGCAAAUAUUGUUUAUUUGAGCUUUCAGCGUGUGUGGGCUAAUUUUCGGAUGACAUAACAUCCCGUCAAUUCAGGCCAACCGUGUGAGGCGCUUGUCACACAGCCAUGUGACGAUGCUCCAGAUCAAUAUCUUAGCUUUGUCACAUGUCUAGGCAGGGCAUGAUUUUCACUUAAGUCUUCAAGGUUAAUUUCUCCAAUUUUUCAGGCUUUACAAACGUUUACAAAAAGAUCCUGCAAAAGGCUACUUGAGGUUAAAUGAAAGAAAUCAACUGUUUUUGAGUCAAGAAAUGGCAAGGUUCGGUCAGUUGAGUGUCAAUCUUUGUUUUAUUAAAAAAAUAAAAUACAAAUGAUGA